CCCCCUGUGUGCCUCCCUGCAGCACUGGAGGCGUCACUCAGCCGGGGCCCUAUCUAGCCCCUGCACCCUCUGUGUGUGUGUGCAGUGGUCCCAGCCCCUGGGUGUCUGGGCACAGGGGGUGUCAUGUGGAUGGAGUGUGCCUGCAGUCAGAGAGCCCUGCAUACAGGGGGGGCACCCUGCAGCCUGGGCUGGCUGUGGUAUCACUGUCUGUGCUGAGGACUCACUCUGCAUUACUUACAUUACUCCUCUCUAUCAGGACUUAUACAGGAGGCUGCAGCAAGGGGCACAUCCAGAGGGGACUGUGCAGAGUCCGCAGGAACAUGGAGGCUGCACUGAUCUAUGGGAUCUUAGACUAAUCAGGGCUCCUGCUAUCCCAGAAAGUCGCUGCACUUGGAGGCAUCUCUCUGUCCCCAGCGACCCUUCUAUGGAGAUAUUACACACUAUGUACAUGAAUUAACCUUCUCUGAUCUUAAAGUUCCAAACUUGUAGCUGAACCCCUUCCAUGUCCACCCAGAGGAGGCUGUGAGGGAGCAGCGGGGACUGAUGAGCGGCCGGGAAUCGCAGCCAGCACCGUGCACACACAGACCUGCGACUGACUGCGCCUAGGAGACGCGCUGCGCCAUGCUCUGCCCCCGGGGUUAUUAUGUCAGUGUCGGAGUCACCGCUCCACAGUGAUCGCCAUGAAGGAGAAGUCGAAGAAUGCGGCCAAGACCCGGAGAGAGAAGGAGAAUGGGGAGUUCUAUGAGUUGGCCAAACUUCUGCCCCUGCCCUCCGCCAUCACCUCCCAGCUGGACAAGGCCUCCAUCAUCCGCCUGACCACCAGCUACCUGAGGAUGAGAGCCGUCUUCCCGGAGGGGCUCGGAGACGCUUGGGGGCAUCCAGCAAGACUUGGACCAAUGGAUAAUGUGGCAAAAGAACUAGGAUCUCAUUUACUACAGACUUUAGAUGGAUUUGUCUUCGUUGUGGCUUCCGAUGGAAAAAUAAUGUACAUCUCCGAGACGGCUUCAGUGCACCUGGGUUUAUCACAGGUGGAACUAACUGGGAAUAGCAUUUAUGAGUAUAUCCAUCCUUCGGAUCACGAUGAAAUGACUGCGGUACUGACAGCUCACCAGCCCCUUCACCCGCACUUACUCCAAGAAUAUGAAAUAGAGAGGUCGUUCUUUCUACGGAUGAAAUGCGUUCUGGCAAAAAGGAACGCAGGUCUGACCUGCAGCGGAUACAAGGUGAUUCACUGCAGUGGGUAUCUGAAAAUAAGACAGUAUAUGCUGGACAUUUCCUUAUAUGACUCCUGCUAUCAAAUUGUAGGGCUGGUGGCUGUGGGUCAGUCCUUACCCCCGAGCGCCAUCACAGAGAUCAAACUCCACAGUAACAUGUUUAUGUUCAGAGCCAGUCUGGACCUCAAACUCAUUUUCCUGGACUCAAGAGUAGCUGAAUUAACCGGUUAUGAACCUCAAGACCUCAUCGAGAAAACUCUCUACCACCACGUCCAUGGCUGCGAUGUUUUCCACCUGAGAUACGCCCACCACCUUUUGCUGGUAAAAGGCCAGGUCACCACAAAGUACUACAGGCUGCUUUCCAAGCACGGAGGAUGGGUCUGGAUCCAGAGUUACGCAACAAUCGUCCACAACAGUCGCUCCUCCAGGCCUCACUGUAUAGUGAGUGUGAACUAUGUGCUCACAGACAUAGAGUAUAAUGAGCUGCAGCUAUCCCUGGAGCAGGUGACUGUUUCGAAAGCCCCAUUUCCAUGCAGGACUUCAAUGAACGCCUCGCAGGAGACACGCAAGCCCUCCAAACUCAAGGCCGCAAAAGUCAGAACUAAGCAACAACGAUCAAACCCAUAUGCAGAGUCAUACAGUUCCUGCCACGGUGACAAGUUGGAUUGUGCACAGUCUGGCAGUUGGAAAGGCAGCCCAACCGUAAGCGCCGCAGCCAACCAGGAACCCAACAGCCAUGCGGAAAACAGCGAACUAUUAUAUACCCCCACCUACAGCUUGCCCUUUCCUUACCACUACGGACACUUUCCAAUGGAUUCUCAUGUUUUAGGCAGCAAAAAACAAGGCGUGCCUUCUAAAUAUGGACAGGCUCAAGGGUCGCCCUGUGAGGUAGCAAGAUUUUUCUUCGGCACAAUACAGACGGGCGGCGAGUGUCACUGGCGUUACUCAAACUCCAUUGUGCCAAAUUCACCGCCAAAGACUGUUCAUGAUCAAUCAACAAGUCAGACACGCCAUAACCUCUCUCAGAAUUACGAUGCAGCCAAGAGGUACGGUGGCGGAGACAACUCAGCCGACGGAUUUACGGAAUGUCCAUCGUCAUCGCUAAGACCCAACACCCGGUACAAAGAUGAACUCUACUGUUCUACAAUGAAAACCAGCAAACAGGAGAAUAGAGAAACCCAAACAUUUCACCCUGUGAAAGAAGAAAAUAAGAUGGACUUUAGCAGGUUCCAGCAGGAGAAGAUGAUUGUCAGUGAAAAGCACUUUACAGACCCCUUAAACAAUUCUUUUCUGCCAAGAUCUGAAUGUCUCCAUGCUAAGACUGUAGGACAACUAAGCCAUCUGCUGCCGAGGCCAAUGGUGUACGAGCAGACGCGUAGGAUAUGUAUGAAGGAACCUAGAUAUGGACAUGUUGGUUUGCACCAAACGGGAUACCAUGAACUGGAAAAUAGUGAUAGAACAACAGAAAAAUUCCCUCACCAUAAUACUGAACAUGAGCACUUCAAGCCCCGUAGCCAAGUCCCCUACGUACCGCUAAAUUACCACAAUGUGUUAUCCAAGCAUGGGCCUUGUCAAACCCCAUCGUGUACAGAGCGGGAACACGGGACAGACAGCUACGGGUACUCCCCCGAGGAGGCAAACUCGUUUCUUUACAGGAACCAAAGUCCGUCAUCUGUAUCUUCUCCCGAAACCCACCGUGAUACUACACUUCCUCAUUAUAUUGGGACUUCUGUAAUUAUAACCAAUGGAAGGUGACAGUAGUCAUUCAACGAUUGUAAAAGAAAACCAACAAUACUGGAAUUAUUUAGCUAGGGGCAUGAGGGAGCCACGGCACUGACCAAGCGUGGCUGAAGGCCAUGAAAGGACGGGAGUGCAUGUUUUCUUGGCAAGCCGUGUGUAAUAGAACCUAAAAGGUCACAAAGACACCACCGACUAUAGAGCAGCAUUGUUAUAGAGUAACGUCUGGGGUAGACUGAUCCGUUUGAGAAGUUAUAAGCCAGAUCAUAUUUUCCCCUUUCCAGUGCAGUGGUCCAGACGUACAGUGUCAAAUUUAAUUAUAUGAAGGAAACCUAUUAGAUUUUUUUCUUUAUAACCUCCCCUCAAACAACCUAUAUUUUUUAAUCCUCUGUUCUAGAAAGAGAAUUUGAGUAUACCACAUGACAGAUACUUCGUAAUGUAUGAGGGCGGUUUUGUAACGUUCCAUUUGCAAUUCUUCCCUCAUACUCCUGUUCAGUAACUCUGUAGCCAGGAGAAUCACAGUUCCACAAUUUAGAUUAAAAAACAUAUUGGGCAAUGACCUGAAUUAAGAAGCCACAGUGAGAGCCUGAGAGCUGAGCAUUCCCUGAGUGCAUGGUGUAGGAGAACCUGAGGAUGUGAGUCCUUAAAUGCCUCACCCACCAGACAGUGGGGAAUUUGUCUGUUUGCUCUAUUAGGAGGGAUUUUUCUUGUCAGAAAAUAAAAAGUAAGUACCAAAGACAUAAUUCUGGGGACAGAUCUCUCCUGUAGAUGGAGACUCCAUCUGGUUGCAGAACAUUUAGCAUCUGAACAAGGUAGACAUGACCUAAACCAGUAAGAAUACAAUACGUAUUUGUACUAUGAAGGGCUGACUGUUCUAUUAUUGUGCCAAAUGUUCAUGAAAACAAUAGUCUUUCCAUGUACUAAUAAACCAAAGUCAAAGAA